UGGGUGGGUAUGUGUGUGUGUGUGUGUGUGUGUGUGUGUGUGUGUGUGUGUGUGGGUGUGUGUGUGGGUGUGUUUUCUUUUCCCACUCUGCAGUUGACCUCAGUGUAACACCCCUUUUACAGUUUAUCAUAGGCUAAUGGCCUCUGUCAGCUUCCUCCUCUUUGCUUUAUAAUCACUAAACCUUUAUUUCAAUCUGCUUAUGAGUAAUGUGCUUCAAUUUGAACAAAGGACGAUCCAUUUUAAAUCAAGGUAGAUUUAGGAAGCCAUGAUUCAUUCAAAAUCCUUAGAAUCAUCAUCUCCAUGUAUGUUAGAUUUUUUCCCCCCCCCUUCUUAGAGUUUCCGUGGCUGCUGUUGGGUAAUCUGAUUGGCUGUAACCAUGGCUCAGACUGUGAAUGGCUUGCAGAGUAGACAAGUUCUCUCCCCUCUGCUUGUUUGCCUGUUUCUACCUCCAAACCUGUGAAACUCAUGUGUAUGUGUGUGGUCAUUAUGUGGAACUGAGAUGCGUGUGUGUCUGCUACUGACCGGGCCAUAGAGUCAACUUGCAGGGAAAACCUCUCCACCUCUUACACCCCAAUUGUCUCUGUCCCCAUGGUCACAGGCUCCCAUCCUCCCCCCGUUUCUUUGCCCCUUCAGCAUAGCAUGUUUGUCCCAGAGGUGCACUUCUGCCUGCCUCCAACUGUGUCAUUCACCUGGGGCUUUAAGCAGUGUUGGAGGUAGCACACUAAACUACUACGUUCACAUGAUAUAGGACUAUAUGACAAAACGGUUGGAUGCACAAUUAACAUCUUUAGUUGUACUUGAGUAACGUUGCUGUUCCAUAGCAAUAAAGAAACCACUCUAAGCACUGCUCAAAGCCUUGCUGGCUCUUCCCUCAGGUACAUUUUAUGUGUAGUUUGUGUUCACUUUUUCCAUGGUUAAGCACAUCCCAAAAUGAGCUUGCUGGCGGUAGGCUAGCGAGGAAAUGAAGGAAUCUCAGGGAGAUUUGCUAACUGGGCUGACAAGCAUCUGCAAGGCAAAAAGCUCAGAGGGGGAAAAUGGUGGUCAUCCCUGGAGGCACCUAUUGUCUCAAUCUAGAUAUUUGACCACAUCUUUAAAAAAGCAAAAGUAUAGUUUUGAUUCAUUACUUUUCUUAGGCGGUAAGCCUCCCUCUAGACCCAAAAUACUAUCAGACGUGGCAGUUUCUAGUCUGUCCUUUACGCAGAAUAGCUCCUUUAACAGUUCUUAUUUGAUGAGAUUUCACUUUUUGUUUUGUUUUUUGUUUUUUUUUUAUUUCCCAAGCUAAAAUGUGAGGGAUUUCCAGGGUUUUACUUGAUGUAAAACCAACCUGCUUUUCCACUACAGGAACUUAUUGACAUGUAACCUUAUGAGAACGUGAGGAGUAAAGGUGGUCUUCACUUUUUCAAUGCAUACAUGCAUGUAUUAGUGAAAUGGUAGCAUUCUUCAUGAUAAAGUUUAAAACCAUGUUGUUUGAACUAUGUUAUAGUGUUGGUUCAUUUAGCACAAUCUCCUGAGGGGAGCUCAGAUUUUGCUUCCGCAACUCCCACUGCCCCAUUUUGAGGGGAGGCUUGUGUUCAGUUACAGGUCGCAAGUUCCCAUAGUGGAAAAGAUGUAAGGGGUGGUAAUUUGUUUUUUGGGGUAUAUUUUGUUUGAGAAACAAGAUGACAUCAGGCUAGGGGCCUGGGGACUGGGAUAAGUGGUUGGGAGAGAGUGGUGAGAGGAAAUCCCUGUAAGCACCUAGCCCUGAAUGAAGGGAUGAGGGGGGGUGGGGCGGUUGACACACAGUAGCCCCUCUGGUAAUGAACCCCCCUAAAUCCCAUAACCACACUCCCAACCCCACCCUCCCUUCUCUAUGUGCCUCAAUCUUCCUGCUUAACCAAUUGGUGUUUCUUUUUUACAGCGAUUUGAUCCUGCCCAUGUUGUGCUGAUGGUAAACUUAGUGGACGCACUGACCCUGUGCCCAUCAUCCUUAAGUAUGAUGUCAUGGGGAUGGGACGAAUGGAGAUGGAGCUGGAUUAUGCCGAGGAUGCCACAGAGAAGAGGAGAGUCCUCGAAGUGGAAAAGGAAGAUACAGAAGAACUGCGACAAAAAUACAAGGACCAGAUGGAAAAAGAAAAAGCCAUCGCAAAAGCUCUGGAAGACCUGAGAGCCAAUUUCUACUGUGAGCUGUGUGACAAACAGUACACCAAACACCAGGAAUUUGACAACCACAUUAACUCUUAUGACCACGCUCACAAGCAGAGGCUUAAAGAGCUGAAGCAGAGAGAGUUUGCCCGUAAUGUGUCAUCACGUUCCCGGAAAGAUGGAAAAAAGCAAGAAAAGAUGCUGCGGCGAUUGCAUGAGCUUGCUGAGCAGAGAAAACAGCAAGACCGAACUCCUGGAAGUGGACCUAUGUUCAAAACAACUACAGUCGCUAUUGAUGGAGAGAAAGGAGAAGACAGCAACAGCAUGACACCUGAGAACAGCAUGACACAGUCUUUGGCAGACACUGCCCUGGAAGGAUCACUGUCAGAUAAAACUGGUCAAGCCUCCCCAAAGUCUGGUCCAACCUUUAGCUUCUCUCUGGGAAAGAAUGCCUCAUCAUCGCCAACUUCCAGCAGCGCAUCAAAAGUCAGUGUAUCAUUCUCUUUUGCCAAGAAAGCACCAGUAAAACUGGAGACAGCAGCUGCUGUUUUUGCUGACCAUGGUGAGGAAGCUUUGGAGACAGAGGAGAGUCAAGAGGGAGAAAAGGCUGGAGGACAAGAUGACACAUCAGGCUGUGGCACAGACAGCCCUAAGGGACUGUCUGGAGGAGGUGAAGGAGGAGAAGGAGGUGGUGCAGCAGGUACAGAAGAGGUGCAGCAGCCUGAUGAUGGAGGAUCUUUAGCAUCAACGCUUAGCAAAUUGAAAAUGAUGAUGAAAACCAAUGAAGGAUAUGUUGGACAAGAGCCUCAGUACUACCACUAUGUACCACCAGCUCACUGUCGAGUAAAGCCACACUUCCAGUUUUUGCUGUUCAUGAAAGCCUCUGAACAGUGUCAGAGCAAAGAUGAAGACGACGAGGAAGAGACACAAGAGGAGAACAAGUUUGAAGAAAGUUCAGAACAGACAGAGAGCGGUGUGACAGAGUGCAAGACUGAAAAGGAACAAGACAAUGUUACUGUAGAUGCUGACCCAGACCUAGUUCCUCUGCCAGCUAAAGUAAAGGCAGAAGAGGAGGCCCCUUCAUGUGCAGGAGAUGCAGCUCCUGCUGUACCAGCUUCACCCACCCAGAAAGCAGAGACACGUGAUACUGUGGAUACAAACACUGGUCCGAAAAUGCCCACUGGUCCCUUCUUUCCAGUCCUGAGCAAAGAUGAGACUACCACCCUGCAGUGGCCAUCGGAGCUCCUUGAAUUUACAAAAGCUCAACCUUCCCUGUCUUACAGCUGCAAUCCCCUCUACUUUGACUUCAAACUGUCCCGUAACAAAGGAGUGCGUGGUGGGAAAGUGGCAAAGUCCCCCAAGCCUGGUGAAGACACUGAUGACAAGGGACAAGAAGUGACUACUUCACCAUCUGAAGUAGAAACGGCUACUAAACCUGGAACUAGUGCUGACAAAGACAAGCUAGUGUCAAAAGGAGAGUCUGGCCAGCCAGAAAGUGAAGAACAAAAGCCCACAAGUGGAAGUAAUAGUGCAAAGAAAAAAAAGAAAAAGAAGAAGCAUAAGAAGUCUGCAAAGCAUUCAAAACGCAAAGGAAAAGAAAAAGGAGCGGGAGAAGAUGCAGAAGGUGAGACUGAGGUAACACAAGAAAAGCCCAAAAAAAAGAAAAAACACAAACGUAAGAAGAGCAAAAACAAGGCUCAAGAUCAAGCUGAGGCAACAGGUGAAGAAAAGGAAAAACCUAAACCAAAGUCGGAAGAUAAAGCUGCUGCCUCCUCUGUUCAGCUGACAACUGGAGGGGAAGGAGCUACAGGAAACACAGGAGCAGAACUGGGGAAGAGGAAACGUGUUGCUAAGGAAGUACCUUGCAAAUCUGGAGCAGAAGGAGGGAAUGGAAAAUGUACUGACAAGGCCAACUCAUCUGAGGAGCACAGUGGCAACAAAAGACAAAAGACUGACACCAGUGCAUCUCAAAGUGCCUCGUGCUCCACCUCAGCCCAAAAGAGUCCUGGUUCUGGUAGACCUCCCAGCAGUGAAAGUGAAGAAGAAGGGGGCUCUAAUACCCAGCGCUCACGUCAUCACAGGUCAACCCCGAGGGAACAGCGCCGCCACCAUAGUGAAGAAUCAGGGCGAUCCUGCAGCCGUUCAUCAAGACGGGGGGAACGACGAGGUAGCAGUCGCCGGCGUCAUCGUGGCCAAACCUCCCGUAGUCGCUCUUAUUCCAGCAGCUCUGAGCGCUCCUCAGCAGGCAGCAGUGCCUACAGCCACCGUAGCCGAAGCUACUCAGACAGCUACAGCGACUACAGCACAGAAGGUCGCAGACGAAGGCGCUCCAAACGUUCAUCCGACUCAGAGUAUGACCGCAGGAGUAGCCGAGGACGUAGACGAUCCAGGAGGCAUCAGUACACAUCUUCCUCUUCAGAAGACUCACGCUCACGUUCACGCAGCUACAGCCGCAGGAAGAGGCACAGACGGCAUCAUCGGAGCAGCUCCAGAAGCUCCAGCAGCUGGAGUCGCAGCACUAGUGCAAGAUCCUGGAGGCGGAGCUACAGUCGUAGCUACAGCUCUGCUAGCCGCUCCUCCAGUUCAAAUAAAGGGUCUCCUCACAGGCGAAGCACUAGGGGUCGAGAGGAUAGUGACACCCAUCGCAGAGACUUCAACCGCUCACGCAUCUACCGCUCCCAGUCUCCACGGUCUUCUUCUUCACGAGGCCUUAACCGCAACACCCAUUCAUCCAGCUCGCUGGGUCUGAGACCAGGGGGGUCUCGAGAUGCAGGAGAACAGAAAAACACGCUAACUGCACGACAGCUGUUGGAGAAGGUUCAGUCCAAGAAAAGCUCUGAAGAUUCUACCACAGGAACAAAAUCUGGGAUUAAGAUUAAAGACCCACCGCAGGGCUAUUUUGGCCCAAAACUACCCCCAUCCCUUGGAAACAAAGCCAUGCUUCCACUAAUUGGUAAGCUGCAGGCAGGGAAAAAGCCAGCAAUUCCUUUAAUCAGACCUGAAGAGGGAGAGAAAUCAGGGACAGGGAAGAGCUCUGAACCUGAAGGAGAGGUUAUAUUAGUAGAGCCUAUAAGGGAGUUCCCACCUCCACCACCACCUCCACCUCCAGCUCCACCAGUUCAGAAGGUUGAGGAAGCCCCACAGAGCACAGUGACUCAAGAAGAGACACAGCAGCCUGCAACAGAAGACCAGGGGCACCAAGAAACCCGGCCAGUAUUUGAACAAGAGCCCUCCAUGAUGAUGCCCCAGUACCAAGGAGAGUCAGGACAGGACCUUUCCCAGAACCCAAUGAUGGAGUCCAUGAUGCCUGAAAUGCAGCAGCAGCAGGCUGCCAUGCAUGCCUACCCUGGUUACCCACCACCCAGCUUGGAGGAGGAUGGCAUGGAGGCAGAGGAGGAUGGACUGGCUCCUUUGGAAAGUCAGCCAAUUACAUUCACACCAGAGGAGAUGGAGAAAUACAGCAAGCUGCAACAGGCUGCACAACAGCACAUUCAGCAGCAGCUUUUAGCCAAGCAGGUCAAGACUUUUCCCUCAGCUGCGGCAGCGGCAGCCGCCGCGGCAGCGGCCACUUUGGCCCCAGCACCCCCUCCACCAGCCCUGCAGCAGAUCCACAUUCAGCAGCCAACUGUGUCCGUAGCUUCUGGCACAUCCAUCACCACAGUGCAACAUGCCAUCCUUCAGCACCAUGCAGCCACUGCUGCAGCAAUGGGCAUCCACCCAGCUCAUCCCCACCACCCACAUCCGGCACAUGCCCAGCUGGCCCAGGUACAUCACAUUCCCCAGCAUCACCUUACCCCCAUCUCCCUGUCUCCUUUGGGGCCCUCACUUGGUCAUUCUCUGGGACACUCACUGGGGCAUGCAGGAUUGAUCCCUGCCCACCCAACAGCCUUCCUCUCUGGUCAGCCAAUACAUAUUAUCCCUGCUUCUGCACUUCAUCACACCCCCUUAGCUCUCCACCAUGUUCCACACACAGCCCUCUACCCCACACUUUUCACACCCCGACCCUCACAGGCUGCAGCAGCAGCAGCCCUUCAGCUCCACCCACUCUUACACCCAAUAUUCUCAGGACAGGACCUCCAGCACCCCCCUAACCACGGCUCUUGAAAACAAAUGAAAAUGAAGUAGUGUGUUCACAACAACCAACCACUAAAUGAAAGACUUAACCUGAACUGUCUUGGUUUAGGGUUUUAAAUAAAGUCUUUGUUACAUCAUGCAGGCUAAGAUGUGAAUCUUAUGAGAACUUUACUGGCCCUCACAGUGCAGCACGUCACCACAAAGUGGUUAAGACUGCUGGGUUCAAAAUCGACACUAACAUUUUCUUCUGGUACAUGUGAGAUUUUUAUUUUCUCAUGUUUUCAUAGAUUUUUUUUUCUCCCCUUCUAAAAACUGUAGACACUUCCUCUAGACCAUUGGUUUAUAUUCCAAUUUGGGGAAUAGUAACAGCCUCAGAAACUACUGGAGCUUUUUUGUUGUUGUUUUGCUCAUUUUGGCAGCCAAAGAGAUACAUGAUGGCUAAAAGUGUAAGCAAAAUCAUGUUACGAUUUAAGGAAGUGGUUUUGUUCUAGAGGUGAACAUUUUAAUCUGUGUAAUCUAAUUUCCAGAGAUGGACUCUUUCAUAAUUACUGAUCUCUUGUUGUGUUUUCAAAUGACUACUCACUCUAUUGGAUUCUUGGUUUAAAAGUAAUUUGUAAUGCAGUAACUUGUAUAUAGAUCAGUGUGUAAUGUGAAGAAACCCACCAGUGACAGCCAUAUGAAAAAACAAAAAACAAAACAGAUAUGGUGUCCAAACAAGUAUGACAUUGUCAUACAAGAAGCCCUCUCUAAAUCAGGGGAAAUGUGAUGAAGGGGUGUAAAUCUCCUGAAUACUCUGAAGCAAAGCUCUUGUUCCCUGAGAUGAGGGUACAUCUGAAUCAAUUGCACUGAAAUCUGUACAUCAAGAUGGUGCCUGUGCAUCAUAUAAUAAGAUUGUAGUAUACUGCAAUAAUUGUAUUUUUCUGUUUUUUAAAUUAUUUUCCAGAAUGCUCUUCAAAAGAAGAGCUGUGUUUGGCUUUUUUUUUGUGUGUAAUUUUGUAAAUAAAACUGCUGUAGAUUAACCUAUUAACGUUCUACUGGGUUGACACUGCUGUUGGGGGGAGGGGGAAAAGCAGACAAAUGACAAGUUGGAUGGGAGGUGGACACAUGUAUUUUAUCACGGUGGUUUGUUCAUCCCUGCUGGGUUGCCAAACAGCAGUGACCUGUUUAAAAAGAAAAGUAGCAACUCUGUAUUUUUUAAAGACUUAACUCUGUUUCACCAAAUAAAAUCCUGAGUUUGUGUGUCUUUUUCCA